AUGCAUGAGUCGAAGGUGUACUUGAAGUCAUAUCACGGCCGCUUCCUUUGCGCCGAGCCUUCUGGCCAUGUAGUGGCCGACAGGACCGACUGCGCAGAGUGGGAGACGUGGACCAUGCGCACCACCCACUGCGGCCAGGCCACCUUCCAGUCCUUCCAUGGCAAAUACCUCUGUGCCGAGCCGUCGGGCAGGCUGGUGGCCGACCGCUCCAGCCCGGCAGAGUGGGAGCACUUCCGCGUUGAGCACCACGGCCCACAGGUCGCCUUGCGCUCGCACCACGACAAGUACGUGUGCGCCGAGCAGGACCACAGGGUGGUGGCCGAUCGCUCGGCCGCCAGCAUUUGGGAGAAGUGGCACAUCAUUCCGGUGGCCACCUGCCACCAGGCCCCGCACUGCCCCCAGUCGCAGCCGACGCAGUGCCCUGCGCCUGGGAUCGGUGGCUAUCCUCAGCCGUCUCAGCAGCCGCAGCAGAGCUACUACCCUCCGGCGCCCGCUGGCUAUCCUCCUCAGUGGCCUCAGCAUGCACCUGCCUUCGGUGGCUUUCCGCCGGCACCCGGUGGUGGCUAUCCGCCGCAGCAGGGCUAUCCGCCGCAGCAGGGCUACUACCCGCCGGCGGCCGCUGGUGGAUAUCCGCCUCAGCAGGGCUAUCCGCCGUACCCCGGUGGCUUCAAUACUCCAGGCCAGUAUCCCCCUGGCCACUACUAA